AUUUCAGUGAUGGCGUCGGCUGCUGAUCUGAGAGACGAGCUGAGCUGCUCCAUCUGCCUGAGCAUUUAUACUGAUCCUGUAUCCCUGCCGUGUGGCCAUAACUUCUGCCGGGGCUGUAUUGGGACAAUAUGGGACACCCAGGAGGGAUCUGGGGCUUAUUCCUGCCCUGAAUGUAGAGCAGAGUAUCAGGAGCGCCCUGCCCUGUACAGGAACAGAACUCUGGGUAACAUCGCAGAGAGAUUCCUUCCAACUGAGACAGAGCCGGGGGAGACUGGGAUCUUCUGCACCUACUGUGUCCUCUCUCCUGUACCUGCUGCUAAAUCCUGUCUCCUGUGUGAGGCUUCUCUGUGUGAUACCCACCUGAGGGGGCACAGCAAGUCAGCAGAACAUGUACUGACCCAACCCACCGACUCCUUUAUGGGGAGAAAAUGUUCUGUACAUCACAAGGUUCUGGAGUAUUACUGCUGUGAGGACUCUGUCUGUGUCUGUGUGUCCUGCUGUCUGGCCGGAGAGCACAGGGGCCACAGGGUGGAGCUGCUGAGUGAGGCCUCUGAGAAGAAGAAAGAGACACUGAGGAAAGUUCUGGAGAAACUGAGGCCAGAGAGAGAGGAGACUGAGAGAGGAGCCCAGAGACUGGAGGAGCGCAGGAGAGAAGUGGCAGAAAAAUCAGCCGGUGAGACAGAGAGAGUCACUGCCCUGUUUAGAGACAUCAGGGAACAGCUGGAAGCCCUGGAGAAGAGACUCCUGAGUGACAUCUCCAGCCAGAAAGAGAAGCUCUCACUCACACUCACUGAUCUGAUGGAGCAGCUGGAAAUAAAGAAGGACGAGCUGUCCAGGAAGAUCCGUCACAUUGAGGAGCUGUGCAACAUGGCAGAUCCACUCACUGUCCUACAGGAACGGGAAUCACAUGGAGCUGCAGAUAAUGAGGGGGGCAGAGAGAGACAUGAUAUAAAGGUCCCUGCUGUAGGGGAUCUGGAUGUGGAUCUGAUCUCAGAGACAUUACUCACAGGCUUAGCUGCCAUUGUGACUGGGGUAAAGGGAAGGGUAAUCCCUGGGCAGGAGGCUACAGACCUGUUACUGGAUAUAAACACGGCUGGGGAUCCUGUAUCUGUAUCAGGGGACAGAAAAUCUGCUUCCUACUCACUCACAGACCAACGUCUCCCACAAACCCCAGAGAGAUUUCAGGUUCCUCAGACUUUAAGCAGCAGGAGUUACCCCUCAGGGCGACAUUACUGGGAAGUGGAGGUCAGUGAAUCAGAGGACUGGAGGGUAGGGGUGGCCUAUCCCAGUAUAGAGAGGAGAGGGGAUCAGUCCUGGAUUGGGGAUAAUAACAAGUCCUGGGGUUUGUGGAGAUGGAAUAAUAAAUAUUCAGUGGGACAUGACAGUAAAGGCACAAAGUUACCCCACGUCCCUUCCUGCAGGAGAAUCAGGAUCUCAUUGGACUAUGAGGCCGGACGUCUGUCCUUUUAUGAGCUGAGUGAGCCAAUCAGACACUUACACACCUUCACUGCCACAUUCACUGAGCCCCUUCAUGCUGCAUUCUGGGUAGGGAGGGAUAAUGAUGAUGGUGCCUGGGUGAGAAUCAUUAGUUAGGGAACUGCCCAGCAUUAAACCCAUUGCCAGAGUUGCCCUUAGCCCAGUGAUGGCAGGGAGGGAAGGGAGUGCAGGAGACACAUUGAUGUUGGCCAGUCUCUCUAUCACUUGGGCAGCCAUUUUAACCAAGUGCAGCAGAUUUAAAAACACUGGUAUUAAAGUGCAGUUACCAAUAAGAACCAAUAAGGAUUUUGCUUUCAUUUUGCAACUUUUAACAAACUGCUCAAAUCUAAUUGCUGAUUGGUUUCUACGAGCAACUACAAAUAUGCAAUUUAGCUCCCUUGUUUCUAAAUCAGACCAAAAAAGUAAUUUUCCCCCGACCAGAAUUACAUUUAUUGAUUAUUGACGCAAAUUAAGAACUGGCAGGGUCGGACUGGGUUGGAGGGACACCGGGUAAAAAACCGAAGUGCCCCGGCUCAGACCUGCUCCCCUUCUGGGCUGUGCUGCUGUGUUUGGGCAUGAGCACGGCGGGAGGAACAUGGUCAAGAACGACAGGACGGGGCCCCGUGACUGCCAGGAGGGCCCUUCAGGUUGCUGCUGUGGUGGGCCCCAAUACUCUAGUUCAACCCUGACUGUUUAACAUUUCUUAGGACACUACCUUUUCCCCUUCUCAUACCAGCCAGACAAGUUGCAACUCCCUGUAACUCCCAUCAGAGCAUGCAUUACACAGGAGUCUCUCUCUCAGAUGGGCCCUCACUGGAGGAAACGUUUAAAACAGUUAACUGUUUAUAUCCUGGAACCUCAAUCGGUCUCUCAGAUGUUACGUUAAAGGAGAACUAAAGCCUAACUAAAGAAGUAGGUAGAAAUGUUGUACAUGAUGUUUUGUGCUUCUGUACCAGCCCAA